CUUAGAAAUAGUAAGUGAUAGUCGUCUCAUCAACAGAGCAUUGGUCAGUCUAAAUUUAAACUCAGAAAUAUUAAGUUGCCUUCAUGAUCCUCGCACUCCUAGAACACCACACCUCAGGAAGAUCUUCGCAGGCCACUGGGUGAAGCACAGCGCCGCAGCGGAACCAUCACACUACCACCGCGGCCGUCAUGGGGGAGGCGUCGUGGCGAAGGUGGUGCUGGUGGAGGGAGUGUCUGGUGGUGGUGGUGGUGGUGGUGGUGGCGUCAGAGGCGGCAGGACAGCAGACGCCUUGUGAGGUGCUGGACAGCAGCCUGCAGUCCACCUUCCCGCUGCCCACCACCCUCACCCUGCGCCCCUCGGAGCCUCAGUGGCGGCUGGACUUUGCUGUGCAUGAGACACACGCGGCCUCCACAGCCUGUGUCCGCGUGGAACAGAAGUCUAAGGUUUCCAGCGUGCGGCUCAAGCUGUACAAGGGAACCUGCAGUAACGGCACGCUCCUCGCCUAUGGCUUCCUUCAUUACGUGACCUUGCUGCCCACCGCCUGGACUCUCCUGCAGGUGCAGGUCAAGGACAACUCGGUGGUGGUGGAGCCCUCAGGGGCCGCUGCUGUGGUGCUGCAGGACAGGGACGUGCCCCUGAGCUGUGACACCCUGCAGGUAAGUGCGGUGCAGGACGUGGAGGCGGCGGUGGGGUGCCGCGUGAGGUGUCCGCACUACAAGCACUCCUCGGGGCGCGGCGGGAACAAAGACGUCUUGACCACCCGGCGGGACAAUGCUCUGUUCUACUUCCGGCCCGGCGAGGACUCAGUGAGGCUGCAGCUCCAGGUGACGUGCACCACCACGCGGGGCGCCACCUUGUACCCGCACCUCGCCGACAUCACGCCGUCCCGCGCCGGCUGGCAACUGGUGGAGGUGCGGCACCACGGCGGCGUGGCGCAGGUCACCCUGGACAACGAGAUGGUGUGGAGCAGGGAGCUGCCGCCCCAGUGUGCCUUCCUGGGGCACACAGUGACCAUCGAGGGACAGGCCCUCUUCACCUCCUCCUGCAACCCUGUCACCGGCGACCCGGAGUGGGACGGGCCACACCAGUGGGCGUUGGAUUUUGACACCGCCAACUCCGGCACGGCUGAGUUAAUGGCGUGGGUGGCGACGGGCGUCAACAUCGUGGUGGUGGUGGUGGUGUGUCUUGUGGUGUAGUGCAGCGCGCCCGGGAACGACCACUGCAGAAAGGGAUCAAGGCUCACAUUGGUGGUGGAGACACCUCCUGUCCUGUGUGACGUGACGAGAGGCAGGGGCGCCUCACCACGCCACACUACCUGUCACCACAACCACCAUCACCACUAGGGAAGACUCCAAGAGGCUCCCACCACCAUCACCACCACCACCACCAUCACCUAUCUAUCUAUCUAUCCAUCCAUUGAUAGUAAUAAUGAUAAUAAUAAUAAUAAUAAUAAUAAUAAGUUUGGAUAAGGCCUUGAGGUGUCCAGUGAUUCCCUCCAAGAUGGUUUAGUGUGCAGUGUGGCCACCGUUUCAUGAACCCUCCACGUCACCGUUUCAUGAACCCUCCACAUCA